AUGCCAAAAGCACUAAACGACGAUAUUAAAAUAAAAAAUAAUAUAGCGAACGAAAUAAUACAAAAGGUGCAUAGUUUUACAUUAAAAUCAUUACCAGAAACUUCUUACGACGACAAGAUUAAAAUUUUGAAGAAGCUCGAAAGUAAAUUGCAAAAAACUGGAGAUUCAUUGGGUACUCGUGGUGAUAAAUAUAUUCGACUUAUUAUGCAAGGAAUAAAAACAAUUUUUUUAAAUAACACAAAGAAGGAGAAUAAUAGUAAUAUAUCUAAUUGGGAAGUUGCCCGUAAGAAUAAUGAUCAAAAUACUGAAAUUAACAGCAAAGGAAAAAUAAUAAAAGACAUUGUUUACAGAAUAGAAUCACUGGCUAGAAAAACUUUAGAAAAUGCUAUAUCAAUUGAUGAUAAAAGAAAAAUUAUUGAAGAGAUGAGUGAAAAGAUUACAGAUUUAGCUGAGAAAAAACAUAUUAUGGUUCAUGAUAAACAUGGUAAUAUUAAAACUUUCAAUGACCUUAUAAUACAGGGAGUAAAAUUAAUGAUGGAGAAAACUUUAGCGAAUAAUAGUAGACGAAUGCAUAUUGAUUUUGUUAAUAGCUAUAAUGUAGAUAGUAAGAAAUCCAUUAGUUCUGAAAUUAUUACGAAGAAAAAUUAUCUAAAUGAUGACUCAAGUACAACAACAUUGAAUUCAGGAACUAACCAAUAUUUAAAUUCAAAUGACUUAAACAACAGUUUGUCUUGUGAACAAGAAGUAGACAAAGCAUGUUCUAAAGUAAAAACUAUUAACCAAUUGAAAUGUGCCAUCGAAGAUAACUUUAUAACUGUAGAUAAACUUUGUAAUGGAGUUUUCGAUUGUGGAGACAGAUCUGAUGAAUAUAACUGUGUAGCACAAGCUGCUGAAAAGGUACAGAGCGCAACCAUUAUAAUAUUGGAAAUUCAAUCUAAGGUUUUAAGAACAUGUGUAAAUACAGAAGUAGAUAAUGUUAUUCUAAGAAAACAAAAUGAUGUUUUGAGCGAUGUUCUAAAAAGUCAAUUGACCUUUAUACAAAAAUAUUCGAGUACAAAAAAACUAGAGGAAAUGCAAGGAAAUAAUGUAAUUAAAAAGACAGUAAAUGAAGUAGCCACGGUUUUAAGUACUCUAUCUUCAGCUCUUGAAGGUUCAAUAUGUCCACGGAAUUAUAGUCGUCGCAACGCUGGUACCUCAGAAAGAUACACAGGUUUAGUAAGUGAAAAUGUAGAUGAGCCUGAUCUUGGAAUGCCUUUGAAGUAUUGUACUUGCGAUAAAGGAUUUUGCGCCAAUAACACUUGCACUGCUAUUUGUCGACGUGUAUGUUGGGAAAAAUAUAUACUGGGCCGAUUUGGAUGUCAAGCAGUCGAUGAAAACUCAAGUGUCCCAUUAGACUUUCUUUGCGAUGGCAAACUUGAUUGCUAUGACGAAACAGAUGAAUUGGGAUGCAUAUUUGGAGUAACAUAUGCAAAAUUUGAAUCAGUGGAUAUAUACAAUACAAUACUUAAAAUUAUAGCGACUAAGGCGGUAUCUGAAAAAUAUGCUGCAGUUCGGAAUUCAUUGUUGUCGUUACAUGCCUCUACUGAGAAGCUACAAAAACUCACAGUAAAACUUAAACCCGACAUAUUGUCAAUAAAAGCAGCCAGAGAAUCUAGUUUUGAAAUAUUAACUUCGAUUUAUAUUGAUAUUGUAAAUAAAACUGCCGUACAUUCUCAAGAUAUAGACGAAGCCCAUGAGUUUUUAAUGUCAUUGAAUGAGAAAUUGAUAACUGCUUUAAAACGUUCGAAUACAGGCAACGAGCGAAUUUUAGCAACGAAUGGUUGCUUUUGUAAGAAUGGCCGCUGUGCUUUGCCUGAAUGUUCCAAAAAAUGUUCACGGGCUUGUUCCGCUGAACCAAAGUUAACAAGGUAUUAUUGUAAAGAAGAGUCGAAAAAUAGUUUUGUACCCAUCGAUAGUAUUUGUGAUGGGAGAAAUCAUUGUCCAAAUGGAGAUGAUGAAACACAUUGCAAAAAAGACGUAUGUCGCAAACAUCACUUAUUAUUACUGCAAAAGAGUCUCGAGGGAGUGGACGCGAAGCAUAAAGGAACUGCUUUGGGUGAAAUUCUCAACUCCUGGAAAAUAAAGGGGACUGCCACUCUGAAAAUUGCUGAGAAUAAUGGUCGACCUACAAUUAAUAUAUUAAGAGACGUCGUAGGAGAUAUUCUGCGUGAUUUGGUAGCAACUUACGCUUCAGUAGACGAGUUCAGGAGAACCAAUGGAGAUGAGAAAUCUAAUAAUAAUACAUAUAAAGAUUUCUUCAAGAUAUCCCAACAAGUUAUAGACGUAUUAAAGGAGUGUGCAAAAUAAA